GAUGGUCUCAGUUGGGCAUGGUUAAGCUGCGUAUUGUUGGAUGUUGGAUGGCAGCAUCUGCUUGGACUUCAUGGAUGUAUCAUUUGACUAAGAGCUGUGACUUUCUAACACAGUGAAAUAUGAGUGGUGGCUAUGAAGUGGACCUUUUUGUUGACCCCCCAGACCUUGACCUUAUCUGUAUCAUAUGCAAAGGGGUUCUACGCUGCCCUGUGCGUGUGGCGUGUAACCAUGUCUUUUGCAAGAAGUGUAUUUUGCAGUGGAUGAGGAGACAGGAAACAUGUCCGUGCUGCAGGAAGCCUGUCAGUCAGCGCCUUAUGUUCGUUAUGUUCAAGCUCAGUAAAUCCAUUGGCCGUUUACCAAUCAAGUGCCGAAAUGAGCAACAGGGUUGCACAGCCACCUUCCCUCUCUCAGAGGAGUACCUCCACAGCUCCACCUGCCCAUUCGAGUGGCUGCUGUGCCCACAAGAGGGCUGUGGGGCUAGGGUACUGAGGAAGGAAGCCCAGGCACAUGCUCAGGUCUGUAGCCACUGGAGGCAGCUGUGCCCGAUGGGUUGUGGCACGCUGCUGAGCCACACUACUCAGGCCCAACAUAACUGCUACCAAGAGCUGCAGGAGCGCUAUGAGGCCCAGCGACAGACGCAGCGAACCAUCGCCUCAGCACUGCGCAGGAAGAUGCAACGCAUGCAAAACUGCAUGGCCCACAUGACUCGGCAGAUCAGCCUGAUCUGCGAAAGCCUGGAGCUCAGCGAGAACUUGGAGGAAGAGGAGGAGAGCCCUGGUGAGGGAACCAGCACAGGGAGAAGCUCCAGAGUCGGCCACAGCUCCAGCACACGCACCAGCUCCUAAAAAAUAUGCCCCUUAUAUGGUCUUAUAAGUGUGUUAAUGUGUAAUUUCUGAUAGAAUCUUAAACCUAAUACUUACAUAUACAUCACUUGCUUGUCAUUGUCAGCUGUGUGGUUUUAUUAUUAAAUGAGUGAACUCUAACAGCUGGGUUGCAUAUACUAAGCAAUACGACUACACUACUGUGUUGAAGUAUGUUGAGACCACAGAAACUAACUACACUGAGUUAAGCAUGUUAGGUUUUACAUGACCAAAUGUGAAGAAAACUUUGGUGUUGAUGCAAAUUUACUCCAUGUUUGAAGUCUGCUACAGUAUAUAGCAUACCAAACCAUAAAGUCCAUAAUAAUAUUGAAAAUAAUUAAUAAUAUCACUGCAUGUAAUCAAGCUGAGUA